AUGAUGGCCACCGCCAACAAUCAAACACCGUCACUCCGCUGCGAAUCGCCGCCUCCAGAUGCCCUGCCAACUCCGGCCCUCGGCGCAUGCCCAGAGCUCUCCCGCUGCUUGUCGACAACAUCCUCAUGGUCUCACGGUAGUAACGAUGCCAACUCCCGGGAUUCACUCGGCAUCGAAAACUACAACCGCCACUCCACCGGCAGCCUCGACGUCAACAGCAUGAAGCAGCGCCGUGAUGUAUCCACUUCCAGGCAUUCCAGCUACAACUUUGAUGGCAGGAGCCGCCGUCGUGGUUACAUGAGACCACAAGGAACCGAUUUCGCCGAGAGUGCACGAUCUCGUGAAAGUGUUAUGAGCCUUGGCAGCAUCGCACAUCUGCAGUACUACUUCGCCAGGACAGGUCUACUUGACGGCAAGGGCGGACAGUUGGCUAGAAAGAAGCAGCAACGCGCGACCCUCGAUCUCUCGUCUCUGGAUACCAACCCCGGCUCGUUACCCAAAAUUGUUGGUUCGGAUGUCGACUCUUCCUAUGCUUCCACCAGCAGCAGCCCCGACUUCAACUCGCAGGAGUUCGGUACCGACCUCGUCGAAUCUCCUACUGAAGAGAUUGAGGAGUUCUACGAAGACAACUUCAGCGAUGUUGGAGAUAUGCUGCCACCAACUGUGAGCACAUAUCAUCACCGAGAAAAGGUAGUCCCGAAACCCCCUACCAUUAUGGAGCUCAAGUCGGAACUUGAGCAGACGCUAGGUGAGGCAAAGAUCGCGUUGGACGAGGUGGAGGCGCGACGAGUCGGAACUUAUAAGGCACCGGCCGAAGCCCCCAAAUAUCCCAACAUGCCAGAGGAAAACAGCCAGGGAUGGUUUGAGCUCCAGGGAAUGCACAUUCUCGAUGUUGUGACCCUGGCUAUCCGCUCAGCAAAGAUCUAUUACACAGCACAUGAGCUGCCCGACCGCCUUGACUCUAUUAAACCCGAGAAGCAGGUCAGGGCGGAUUUGCUGGCUGUGAUGGAAACUUUAAGGCAGAUGGCCACUAGAAAUUUCAAGGAUGGUAUGAAGGAGGAUGAGAUCAAGACAAUGAUCAACUGGGUCGACAGUGUGUUUGAUAUCUUGAAGCAGGAGCAAGAGAUUGAGGAUGCUGAGAUUGCUGAGAGGGACGGAUGGUCCUGGCUCAAGGGUGACUGGACUGGCCGCGAGAUGGAGCGAGAGCGACAAUUCCUCAUGUCCAUGGACACAUCCGAGCCUCUGCCCGAGUGGAAGCCAAUGUCGGCCACAGACGAGAAGCCCACGCCUUUCCUCGAAGCUAUGCAAGACGGUGUCCGACUCGUCAAGCUUCACAACGCUGUUGUGUACAAAUCACGAAGACGAUUCGGCGCUAUCGGAUCAUACCACACGGACACCCAGAAACCCUACCGCUGCGCCGACAACCUACGCUACUGGGUCAAGGCAGCUGAACUGCGAUUUGAGAUCAUGCUCAAGGUCGAUGCUUUGGGUGUCCAGUACAACACAUCCCCCCAGGUCUGGGUGGACUUUGAGGAAGCCAUCCUCAAGUGGUCUCGCCACGUACGCGAGGAGGUCACCCGCGAACUGGAGCUAUAG